GCGGAGAGGAGGAUCAGGAGGAGAGGGAGGGAAGCUGUUGCCUAGGUAAUACGCCUGCCCUCCCCCUUCCCGCGGUAGGGAGGGAAAGUGCGCGCGACUGGCGCGCCUUUAGCCAGAGAGGCACACACUGGAGAUGAGGGGAUUGUUGCUGGGGCGACCUGGGCCCGGGAAGGUACACCCAUGAGUUACCGGUGACAGGGCAGACUAGGAAAAGCAGCUGCCGUUGCUGCCGCCGCCGCCGCCGCCGCGCCGCCGCCGCGUUGGCUGCAAAGAAUAGCAGCAAGAGGAGGAAGAAAGAGAUUACGGCAACGGCGCAGGAAGAGCAGGAGGUGUUGCUGUGGCAGCUGCCGCCGCCGCCGCCGCCCUUGCCUGGGCAGGAUGGUUUUGUAAGGUAGAAAAGAGACUGCAGUGCUUGCUCCUUUGGCAAGGACACUGGCUGUGAGUUCAUCCACUGGAUUGCAGCAGAACCUAUUUGAGAGAUCUUUGCUAUACUAAUCGAAAAAGGGUUUUACAGACUGGCAGCCUUUUGGCCUCAUGAAAGGUUAAUUGUCUAUCAUCUGGUAAAGCCUUCCAAGGAAACCAGGGGAAAAUAUGGUUUGCACAAAUAAACUUACAUAGCCAGAAUGAAAUUAGAAGAGCUCUGCAAAGAACGAAAAUGAUCACAUGGUUAUGAGAUUUAAAAUCCAUUAUGCCUCCUGCCAUGGCAGAUGCCAUAGACAUCUGGGCAGUAGAUUCACAGAUAGCAGCUGAUGGCUUAAUAUCUGUGGACUUCCUGCUUCCCACUGGAAUUUACAUUAAUCUAGAUGUCCCACGUGAUGCCACUAUUGGUCAUAUAAAACAGCUAUUAUGGAAGGAAGCACAGAGCUACCCUCUGUUUCAUCUUCUUAUGGAGAUCGACUCCUAUAUGUUCUCUUGUGUGAAUCAGACUGCUGUACGUGAAGAACUGGAAGAUGAGACACGAAGGCUGUGUGAUGUUAGACCAUUUCUUCCUGUUCUUCAACUAAUUACAAGAAGCUGUGACCCAGGGGAAAAAUUGGACUCUAAAAUAGGUGUCCUCAUAGGAAAAGGCCUUCAUGAGUUUGAUGCCCUACAAGACCCAGAAGUCAAAGAAUUCCGGAUUAAGAUGCGGCGAAUCAGUGAAGAGAAGAUGCAGGCAGUUGUGGUGCUAUCUUGGAUGGACUGGUUAAAAUAUACUUAUCCACCAGAACUAGAGCCAGGAGUUCAAGACAACCUCCAAGAUAAACUUUAUGGUGGCAAUCUAGUUGUGGCUGUUCAUUUUGAUAAUUGUCAGGAUGUAUUUAGUUUUCAGGUGUCUCCCAAUAUAAAUCCUAUCAAGCUGAAUGAACUGGCAAUUCGGAAACGUUUGACUAUCCACGGAAGAGAAAAUGAAGAAGUCGAUCCUUGUGAAUAUGUGCUGCAAGUUAGUGGAAGACUGGAAUAUGUUUUUGGGGACCAUCCAUUAAUUCAGUUCCAGCAUAUCCAUCGUUGUGUGAUGAGUAGGACCCUACCUCAGUUGACUCUUGUAGAAUGCAGUACCAUAAAAAAAAUGUGUGAGCAGGAAAUGAUUGCUAUAGAAGCUGCCAUAAACCGAAAACCAGGCAACCUUCCUCUUCCUCUACCACCAAAAAAAUCACGUGUGACUCAGAGUGUGUGGGAUAUUAGCAACCCUUUCAAGGUUAUCCUAGUGAAUGGCAACAAGUUGAACACAGAAGAGACUGCUAAAGUUCAUGUCAGGGCUGGUCUCUUCCAUGGAACUGAGCUCCUUUGUAAGCCUAUCGUAAGCUCAGAAAUAUCUGGGAGAAAUGACCAUGUUUGGAAUGAACCCUUGGAAUUUGAUAUCAACGUCUGUGAUUUGCCAAGAAUGGCUAGGCUGUGCUUUGUGGUCUAUGCGAUGGAUAAAAUGAAAAAUAAAAAGUCAGCCAAGACACUUAAUCCAUCCAAAUACCAGACCAUUAGGAAAGCUGGGAAAGUGCACUACCCUGUAGCAUGGGUCAAUACCAUGGUGUUUGAUUUUAAAGGACAAUUGAAAACUGGAGACCUCAUAUUACACAGCUGGUCAUCAUUUCCUGAUGAGCUUGAAGAAAUGUUGAAUCCAAUGGGAACAGUCCAGACAAAUCCAUACACUGAAAAUGCAACAGCUUUGCAGAUCAAAUUUCAAGAGUAUUCAAAAUAUCCUAUUUUUUACCCUCCCUUUGAUAAGAUACUUGAAAAGGCAGCUGAGAUUGCAAGAAAUAGUGAUAGCUCUGGUAUGGCAGUAAGUAUCAAAGUUCUUGACUUUUUACCAAAGGGCCGUGGUGGCAAAAAGUUUUUCAUUGAGCUAAAGGAGAUCAUGGAAAGGGACCCCUUGUCUCAGCUGUGUGAAAAUGAAAUGGAUCUCAUUUGGACUUUACGAUAUGACUGCCGUGAAAAUUUUCCACAAUCUCUGCCAAAGCUGUUGCUUUCUGUGAAAUGGAGCAAACUUGAAGAUGUUGCUCAGCUUCAGGCUCUUCUUCAGAUAUGGUGCAAGCUGCCUCCCAGAGAAGCAUUAGAGUUACUGGAUUUCAAUUAUCCAGAUCAAUAUGUAAGAGAAUAUGCAGUGGGCUGUUUAAGGCAGAUGAGUGAUGAAGAACUUUCUCAGUAUCUUCUGCAGCUUGUGCAAGUAUUGAAAUAUGAACCUUUUCUCGACUGUGCUCUCUCCAGGUUCCUGCUAGAGAAAGCACUGGCAAAUAGGAGGAUAGGACAGAUGCUGUUUUGGCAUUUGAGAUCAGAAGUGCACAUACCUGCAAUUUCAGUCCAGUUUGGUGUGAUACUUGAAGCUUACUGCCGUGGAAGCAUUGCUCACAUGAAAGUACUCUCCAAACAGGUUGAAGCAUUGAAUAAGAUGAGAACUUUGAAUAGCCUAAUAAAACUGAAUGCCAUGAAGCAAAGCAGAGCCAAAGGAAAAGACACAAUGCACACCUGUUUAAAACAAAGAGCAUACAAAGAAGCCUUUUCCAAUCUCCAGUCCCCUCUGAAUCCUUCUGUUUUACUUUCAGAACUGUAUGUGGAGAAAUGUAAAUACAUGGACUCUAAAAUGAAGCCUUUAUGGAUAGUAUACAAUAACAAAGUGUUUGGCAGUGAUCUGGUGGGGAUCAUCUUUAAAAAUGGAGAUGAUCUACGGCAAGACAUGUUGACACUUCAGAUGUUACGCCUGAUGGAUUUACUUUGGAAAGAGGCUGGUCUAGAUCUCCGAAUGUUGCCUUACGGUUGUUUAGCAACAGGAGACCAUUCUGGUUUAAUUGAGGUUGUUUCUACUUCUGAGACAAUUGCAGACAUUCAGCUAAAUAGUAGUAAUGUUGCUGCUGCUGCUGCAUUCAACAAAGAUGCUCUCUUAAAUUGGCUUAAAGAAUACAAUUCAGGAGAUGAUUUGGAUCGAGCCAUUGAGACAUUCACUCUGUCUUGUGCUGGCUACUGUGUAGCUACUUAUGUGCUGGGCAUAGGAGACAGACAUAGUGACAAUAUUAUGGUCAGGAAGAAUGGUCAGCUCUUUCAUAUAGAUUUUGGCCACAUUCUUGGAAACUUCAAAUCAAAAUUUGGAAUUAAAAGAGAGCGAGUGCCUUUCAUUCUUACCUAUGAUUUUAUUCAUGUCAUUCAGCAGGGGAAAACUGGAAACACUGAAAAAUUUGGCCGGUUCCGCCAAUGUUGUGAAGAAGCGUACUUGAUUCUGCGAAAACAUGGAAGCCUCUUUAUCACUCUUUUUGCACUGAUGUUAACAGCUGGCCUUCCAGAGUUAACCUCUGUUAAAGACAUCCAGUAUCUAAAGGACUCCCUUGCCUUAGGAAAGAACGAUGAGGAGGCACUAAAGCAGUUUAAGCAGAAAUUUGAUGAAGCGCUCCGAGAAAGCUGGACUACUAAAGUGAACUGGAUGGCACACACUGUUCGGAAGGAUUACCGAUCCUAGGUGGUUUAUGAAUUUGCACUAAGCUUAAUGUUACCCUGACAAUAAAGUAUUAAAAGGGAGACAACAAACCCUUUCUAAAAACAGACCGAAGGAAAUUGCCUGAAUGAUUCCUGAUUUUAUUUUGCACUCUACUUUGAAAUGCUUCAACAAGAUUUUCUAACAUUAGCAGACGUCCUCAAUCACUUCUCCUGACUCAGCAUGCUGAAAGCUACUACUAAGCUUUUAUAUUACUAUUUUGAUACAUUGAGUAGCUGUAAAUAUUUGGGAUUUUUUAAUCUUUAGAUAGUGUAUUCUCAAAUCUAGAUGGUUGGAGACUUCUUGAAGAACUGAUUGCUAAACUGCAUCAGAGGUGUUUUGGAUGUCUUUAGUUUUGCUUCAAGUGACUGUUGUAUGUAUAUAUACUUUUUUUUUUUACUGGCAUACACAUAUUUGUUCUGCUGAAAAUAACUGCCAAAUCAUUCAUUGUACAGCAGGAUGCUGCUUAUUGUCUUGAACUUGCCAGUAGAAGAGAGAUUUCUACAUUUAAUGAUAGAAAAAUUAUUUAAAGAGACCCUUUGCCCAAAAGCUCUGUGUUGAUGUAAAUGUGUUAGAGUAUACAUAGAGCAUAUGUGUUUGGGACAACCCUUGAACUCUUGGAAAAUUCCAUCUCAAAGUUUACUGUCUUUUGAAUUUUAUUGAAUGUCCACUUUUUAAGGCCUGCAACAUCUAAGCUUUUGCAGAAGCUUCAUUAAAGAGUUGUCACUGGAAAACCACUGGACCAUCCAUAACAACUGUAUUGCCUGCACACAUUGUGUAAUGUAUAUAAAUGGAAAACCUAUGCCUAAAACAUCAUGUAUCAUAAUCAUGUUCUGCAUAUACACCUCUAAAUAAGGGAGAUAUAUGUCAAAAGCCAAGAGAUUGAUGAUUUAAAAAAUGCUAAAUCGCAGUAUUUUAAAACAGAACUCCAAAGUGGAGUCAAAUGUGUUCUCUCCUGCUUAAAUGCCUGCAGUAAUACUGCUUGUUUUUGUCGAGGAUGUGUGUGUUUAGCGUAAGAUGGUAGAUGGAGAAAGUGGAUUUAUUUAUCAAAUGAGGUACCCUACUUUAAGGUGCUUUAUAAAGGAGUAAUUCAAGUUAAAAGUGCAAUAGGAUGUGCUGGUUUAAAGAUGUAACAUAAAAUGUUUUGAAACAGUGGCGAGAUGGACUUCAAACUACUGCUUACUCGCCAAAGAAUACUGGUAAUUCUUCAUUUUGAUGAUGAUUGAAUAAAAAUAAUUAUAUAUAAAUUUGCCUUUGGAUCACAGCAAUGAUUUUAAAUAGGAAUUGCAUUAAAGUCUAUUUUACUUUGUGAA